CGUGUAGGCUAAAUCCUGCAAUUCUCUUUCUAUCUAUUAGGGCUCAAUAUCUUUGGGACCCAUUUGAUUGAAAGAAGAAGAGACAAAAGAAACCACCCAUAUCUUUCAUAACUUCAUCAAUUUUAACCCAUAAAUUUGCAUGUUCUUCAAAUACAGUCGGUAAUCUCCUGCAAUUAAUGCUGUUACUACAAAUAUCACCAUUUUCACUACUUUAGCUAUCUGCGGUACUAUUUCUACUACAUUCUCAACAUAACAACCUCACUGAGUACUUUUGUUCGCAACAAAAAAACCUUAACCCCUGUCUAAAUUAAUAAAAUGCCAAUCACUUAUUGUCUUCUUCUGUUUCUAUUGUGCAUUCUUUUGCAUGCAUGUAAUGCAAGAACUUUUCCCGCUUCAGAUAAUAACGACCUCGACAAGAAACUUCACAUUUCCAUCAAGAACGGUGAUCAGAACAAGGUUUCAGUUGCAGAAAACCUAACGGAAAAUUCCCAAUCAAAUGAAGUAGGAGCGGCCGAUGAGACUGACAGUGACAGCAUUCAAGAAUCGAAUGAACCGAAGGAAUCAUCAGAUGCUGUUCUAAAAGAAUCUGCAGUGGUUUCAGUUUCAUGGCGUGUACCUCAUAACAAACGAGGAGAGCAGCAUCCGGGUUUCAACUUGGAUUACUCACCGCCGAAGACACACCCACCGUCACACAACUGAUCAAAUUAACGUUUCAAUUUUGCCAUUUUCUUGUAGCACUAAUUCUCUUCCUCACAGGCUAAUCUAAUGAAGAACUUAAUAGGGUAUACUACAAACCCUAGGGUUCUAAAUCUCAGCCUUGGUGGAAUAACUACAGAAAUUCACAUAGCUAAGAUUACAGGUCUCGGACUGGUUUAAGGUAUUAGAAAAUACUAUACCAAGCCUCUACUCAUUGUACAUGCAGAAUGUUAAAUUGCUUCGUUAAUUAAGUAUCAAAUUAAUUUCAGUAUGGCUCGUCAA